AUGGCAAAUGACGGCCUAGAUCCAUCCAUAGACCAAGGCGGAUCGUUCUACAGCGGGAAUGUCACCGUGCAUGGAGGACCCUUCCACCAAGGCAAUAUCGUCAACAUCCAGCAGACGGCCAACCAAUGCCUCAUCGACCUCUGCGUCACUGACCCACGCCAUAACAAGAAGCGCGUUCAAGACACCAAGGGCGGCCUGCUCGCGGACUUGUACGUCUGGGUGCUCGGCAACCCUAACUUUCGCCAAUGGCGCGACCACGAGGACCAGCGGCUGCUCUGGGUCAAGGGCGACCCGGGAAAGGGCAAGACCAUGCUUCUGUGUGGCAUUGUCGAUCAUCUCGAAACGAGGCUCGCCCAAGGAAGCCGCCUAAUGUACUUCUUUUGCCAAGCUACCAUUGAGCGCAUUAACAUCGCGACGGCCGUCCUGUGCGGUCUUAUCUUCAUGCUUCUUGACCAAGACGCCUUCCUCGCAUUGCAUAUAAAGAAGAAGUACGAUGUCGCUGGCAAGGGGCUGUUCUAG